AUGUCGAGAACAAUCGUGGAAGAACCGCUUCCGUUAUUAUCGCUCAAACUGCUUGCUGCCUACUCGCCCGAGGCUCUGGUCGAGCAAGCCACCCAAAAGCUGCUGAGCGCAGGAAUACAGCUCAUCGAGUUCAGAUAUCAACUAUACCGCCGCAUGGGUGUUCCGGCUGGCGUACUGAACCUUUGCUAUCUAGUCGAAGAUGACCAGCUGGACGAAGCUAGCAACAUCGUCGCUGGAUUAGGGCUACCACUUACGCACCCUUUGCUAACAAAUGCGAAUACAGAGGGGAAAUUCGUAACCCUCAGCCGUCUGCACCGCAUCACUGCCAGCACUACGCCAGAUUCACAGCGAUUCCUGCAACUCCUACCCGCCUCGUUUGCAGGCCUGGCGCCCUCCGAUCUCAUCCCCUCCUCGUCCAAAGCAAGCAUCCGCAUACCGAGGGAAUCCGCGGUCUAUGCCUGUCUUAUCCGCAUCAUCGCACUGUCGCCGAGGCACGAUCCGACCCGGGUACAGGCGUUGAGCGAUUUGGGGAUGCUGGCGAUGCACCACAUAUAUGGCAUGGACGGGUAUUCUGAUGAAGACGACAAUCUCGCACCUGACGACGACCCGGCGAUACAGGGAGCCCUGGCGAGAGUGCGCGAAUGGACCUGGAAUGGGGAGUGGCGUGUAGGUGAGGAGUGGAUUGGCGAUCUGUUGUACGCCUACGUCGAAGGUACUUAUCAGGACGCCUAUCUUCCAUGGUGCGAUUGA